UGAGCGGAGGCGAGGCGAGGAUGUGGACGGAGCGGCAUCGGCGAGCUGCGGCUGCUGCGCUCGCAUAAGUAGAGCAGAGGACCGAGAGGAGGAGGCAGCGGCGGCGACUGCGAGUCCAAGAUCGAGCGGACCGACGCAGACCGGGCCAGGAAAGCCGGAGGGAGGCAGCGGCAUGUCGUGGCAGGCGUACGUGGACGACCACCUGCUCUGCGACAUCGACAGCCAGCGCCUCGCCGCCGCCGCCAUCCUCGGCCACGAUGGCGCCGUCUGGGCCCAGUCCGACGCCUUCCCGCAGGUCAAACCUGAAGAAAUCAUUGCAAUAAUGAAUGACUUCAAUGAGCCAGGCUCUCUAGCACCCACUGGUUUAUACCUGGGUGGUAGCAAAUACAUGGUUAUCCAAGGUGAACCUGGAGCUGUCAUUCGAGGGAAGAAGGGACCAGGCGGAGUUACAAUCAAGAAGACCAAUCUAGCCAUAAUCAUUGGGAUCUAUGAGGAACCAAUGACUGCUGGCCAAUGCAACAUGGUUGUGGAGAGGCUUGGUGAUUACCUUGUAGAUCAGGGCUUCUAAACCCCAAAUCUGUAAUUUGUGGCAUCCGGGUUGUUUGUGUUUGCUGAAAUAUGCCAUCUAUCCCAUGAAUAACUAGCAAAUGUUUGGACGAAUACUGAACACCGGUGGUUCCUCGUUGUAUUGCAACAGCUUCGAACAUUCCAUGGGGCUUAUAUGUAAUCCUUUUUUUUUUUUGAGGAGGUCUAUCCUCUUACUGGAGCUUACUAUUUUGACGUCAGGAUUAAAAAACAGUUCAUCUGUACUCGCAAGCGUGGCAUGUCAUCUUUUCUCAUCGGUAUUCAGAUCAUUUAUAAGAA